CUGAUGUCAGCAGGAGCCUACAGAGCUGUACGGCUCUGCCUGCAUCAGUUAGAGGUUGAUGGUUUCCUGACGCUUCUCUUUGGCCUGGCUAGCAUUAAUACCCUUACAGUGAUCAGUGUGACUCGCUAUAUCAAGGGCUGCCAUCCUGAGAGAGGUCACUGCAUCAGCAACAGCAGUAUGACAGUGGCUCUGGUUCUCAUUUGGGUAGCAGCUUUCUUCUGGUCAGCAGCUCCAUUACUUGGCUGGGGCAGUUAUACAGAUCGCAUGUAUGGCACAUGUGAGAUAGACUGGGCAAAAGCCAACUUCUCCACAAUCUACAAGUCCUACAUCAUCUCCAUUUUUAUCUGCUGUUUUUUCCUACCUGUCACAGUCAUGGUCUUCUCAUAUGUGUCAAUUAUCAAUACUGUCAAACUAAGUCAUGCAUUAACAGGACUGGGUGAUCCCACAGACAGACAGAGGAGAAUAGAGCGAGAUGUCACCAGGGUUUCUAUUGUCAUUUGCACAGCCUUCAUUAUUGCGUGGUCACCAUAUGCUGUCAUCUCUAUAUGGUCGGCCUAUGGUCACCCUGUGCCCAACCUUACCAGCAUCCUUGCCAGUUUGUUUGCAAAGUCUGCUAGCUUUUACAAUCCCAUUAUCUACUUUGGAAUGAGCUCCAAAUUUCGGAAGGACAUUUUCAUCUUGUUCCAUUGUGCCAAGGAAGUCAAGGACCCUGUGAAGCUCAAACGUUUCAAAAACCUCAAGCAAAAACAACCACAGCCUUCUCAGAAAGAAGAGAAGUAUGCAGCAGAAAUGCACCCCGCACCAAGCCCUGAUUCCGGGGUGGGAAGUCCAACCAAUACCCCACCUCCAGCAAAGGGGGAAGUGUAUUUUGGUGUUCUCGAUACACCAUCUAAUAACCCUGAUAUUGAAUGUGAUAGAUUGUAA